CUUCUAGCUCUGUGCUGAGGCAGCUCUGAUGGUAAGGCGCAGCUGAAGCCCACAGCGGAGGCCCCUGGGCCAACCCACCCUCGUGGAAGACACAUGUUCAGGCCCCUGAAGUGUUGUGGGAUCCUCCUAGCUCUGUCUCUGCCUCCCAGAGCCUAAGACCAAUGAUGACAACUUCCUGAUGGCCAGGCCGCUAUCUUAAGGUCUCUGGAAUGAGAGUUAAGGCUGGAGCCUGUAAAUAAACACCGGAAAAGGACACAGAAAGCCAGGGUACCCUGCCAAAGGCAAUGGCGCUACAAGCUCCCACCACUAUUGGCUCUGGGGAAGUCCCUCAGUGUCAGGACCUAGGACCUGCCCAGCCCAUGCAGAAAGUGGCCCAACCCCAGCAUCUGGUUCCAGAUGGACACCUUGAGAAGCUCCUGGAGGGACGUGACCUUCUUCAGAAGUUGACUGGCUUUCACAUCACCAUUGCUUUUGUGCACCUGGCCCUUGGCGGUUACCUGCUCUCCACAGUCAAGAAUCUGCACUUGGUGGUGCUGAAGUGCUGGUAUCCAUUCUGGGGAGCUGUCUCUUUUCUCAUUUCAGGGAUCAUGGCCAUGACAACAAGGACAUUUCCCUCCAAGACCUCUCUGAAGAUACUCUCUGUGACAGCAAACAUCGUCAGCUUGUUGUGUGCACUGGCUGGCUUCUAUCUCAUUGCCAAGGACCUCUUUCUGGAGAGCCCUUUUCUAUGGCCAAUCUGGAGACCAUACCCCAACCCCACAGCCUACAUCCAGAGACUGGAGCUUGCCCUGUUCUGCUUCACCUGCCUGGAAAUCUUCCUAGCAGGGCCCACAGCCAUCACAAUCUGCAGGAUGAAGCACCUGUGUGCAGAGGAUAAGGGUGACUGCCCUCUUGAUUCUGACGCACCCAUGAAGCGUGAAGGUGUCACUGGGGCCACCACCAUGCUGUGAAGGCGUGGCUCAAGGUCCAAGGAACUUAAGAAAGCAGUUGAAGACUUCUCACUAGUAAGUGCUCGUGUGGCUCCAAGCUGAAGCCCUGCCCCACUGAUGAUGUGCAAGGUGGUUGUAGCACAGCCCUGACUCUCCAGAAGGGACAGUUCAGUGGAGAGGUGACAUGGACACAUUCAAAGGAAUUCCAGCAACAUCAGCCCUCUUAGCUCAAGGGAACCCUGUCCCCGCUCCAGCCUAUCUGCCACACAACAAGGCACAGAUCAGCCCAGAUUUUUAAUUGAGUCCCCUCUGGGUCCAGGGAGCACUCAGUCCUUGCUGUCGACCUGGAGGAACUGCCAAGUGUCCCUACACCCUAUUUGGUUCUAAACAUCAUUGAACUGUAAUGGCAUGAGUCCAUUUAAAGGAAGGUGUUAUGACGUGUGCAUGCUAAGAGUUUGUAGUUAAGUUGGCAGAGGGUUUUCCUGCCUGGGAAACAAGCAAAGUAGAUCUCCUUACCCGUCUCAGCUUACAGAAAAGAGUUGGAUUUGAAUUCUGACUUCAGUUAUGUUUCCCAUGGCCCUUGAACUUGUAAUUCUACUUUCUAAUCUCACCAAUCUCCUAUGUUAAAAGAAUCUUUGGGAAUCUUCUCACUUAACCUCAUGCCACAGAUGGAGACGCUAAGGGCCAGAUGGGUGAGGAAGGCUCAGAGUGUUAGCCAGAAGGUGGCUUUGAUGGACAUGAGGCUGGAUCCCAUGUCUUACAUUAUUAUCACCUUGGCCAUGACUCCUCAGCCCACAGCCCCCCCACUUCCUGGGAUCCUAAGAGUUGUAUGAAGAUCAGCUCUUGGGUCUAGCACCCACCCAGCUCCCUUGCUUCCAAACCUUCUGUUUCCCCACAGCCACCCCAAGAACAUUAAGAGAAAACCCGAAACAUGGGCCUCCUCCUUCAGCACUGAGGCAGGUCAUGGAGGCCUGAUGGUCAUUCCUUUGUCCCACAGAUAAAGACUGAAUUCCUACAGUGCCAAGUCCAUCCCUGCCUCCCAGCAGCUGGACUCCAGUGAUGACACAGGCAUGACUCACACAAAUAAAUGCAUAACUGCUAUAAAGAAAAA